AUGGCUGCCAUCCCUGCAUCUAAUACCGAUUCACCCAUCAUCACCAUCAAUGCUGCAACCACCAUCAAUGAAAAACUCACCCCUUCUACCUUUCCUCAGUGGAGGGCUCAAUUUGAAGCAGUGCUCACUGGUUAUGAUCUCAUUGAUUUUGUCACUGGUGUCAAACAAUGCCCUGCUAUUGAUGAAUCGAACUCUGCUGCCUCCAAAGCCGCGAACUCCCACUGGGUUCGCCAAGACAAACUGAUUCUCCACACCAUUCUUGCUUCCACCUCCACCACCAUUACUCCCCUUCUUGCUGCAUACAAAACAUCUCAUGAGGCUUGGACAGCACUGACCCUAUUAUACGCGGGAAAAUCAAGAACGCGUGCGAUGCAACUCAAGGAGGAUUUGACCUUGAGCAACUGUGGAAAUCACACCGUUACUGAAUUUCUUCAAGCAAUCAAAGUGAUUGCUGACGAACUCACAAUCAUCGAUCAUCCUGUUUUGGAUGACGAUUUAACUCUUUACAUCCUCAAUGGAUUGGAUCCCGAAUUUAGAGAAAUUGUGGCACCCAUUCGUGCCUGUGAGACAUCUUUGAAAUUUGAAGAAAUACAUGAUCUUCUUGUAGGUCAUGAGAGUUACCUUAGGCGGUUAGAGAAUCAAAUGGCAGCAACAUUCAUUCCCACUGCAAAUUACUCUCAUUGGCAAGGAGGUGCUCCUGGAAAUCAUAAACUGAGCCUUAAGACUUCCUUCAACAAGCCUCGCAGCAACAAUGAGCACAAUAAAAAGGGCCUUCCGAUUCGGGCUACAGGAAAUACAAGCCCAAAUGUCAAUGGUGUAAUCAAGUGGGCCACAUGGCCAAAAAUUGUCCAAAAAUGCCUUCCACUGAAUUCACUGCAAACUGUGCUGCAUCUUCUCAAGGAAAAAAUAAAAGUGGCUAGUUGA